AUGUUUGUGAUUAAUGAACCCCAGAAGCUGCAGAUGCUUUAUGAAUCCUUGGAAAAGAGCAUCCCUGAGUCCUUUAAGGUAUAUGGUGCCAUAUUUCACAUUAAAAAUAAAAACCCAUUCAACCUGGAGGUGCUGGUGGAUGCCUGGCCAGAUUAUCAGAUAGUCAUUACUCGGCCUAAGAAAGAGGAGAUGAAAGAUGAUCUGGAUCACUAUACCAACACUUACCACAUCUUCACCAAAGCUCCUGACAACUUGGAGGACGUCCUGGCGUGUUCCCAGGUUAUAAACUGGGAACAAGCCUUCCAGAUCCAAGGUUGCCAAGGGAGCUUGGCUGAGGCAAUAACCAAGGUUUCAGCUUCAAAAUCAGUGCAGGUGGAUUACACGAAGACCCUGCUCUUUACGUUAGAUAUAUCAGAGAAAUUCAAGAUAUCAAGUGAUGGCAAUAUGGAUAUGAAGGAACUAACUAAAAUGCCCCAAAUGGAUGAAGAUAGCAAGAAAGGAAACUUCCUGAGCAUUGUCUUGGACCCCUCCCAUGCGGGGCUUGUGAAUGAGCACUGGGACUUUGGGAAAAAUGAGAGGAGCUUGAAAUAUGUUGAACGCUGCCUCCAGCACAUACACGGAUUUGGUGUGCUGGAUCCAGAGGGCAGCCUCGUCUCUUGGGUCGUGAUGGAACAGUCCUGUGAGAUAAGGAUGGCUUACACUGUCCCCGAACACCGACGGCAAGGCAAAAUGUGGCAAAUUUGUUAUCACGUAGCAGAGCAUCUCAUCCGGGACAAAGUUCCCGUCUAUUUUCAUGUGGCAGACAGCAAAGAAUAUUUCCUACAAGGAGUGAGAAAUUUUGGAUUUAAGUGUCUCCCCUGUGGCUGGCAUCAGUGGAACUGCACCCCCAAGAAAUAUUGCUGA